AUGAAGGAUCUGUUAUCAACGAAGCGUAAGUUGCGAGAAUGUGAGACAGUAAAUCUGACGGAGGAAUGUAAUGCUAUCAUCCAAAAAAAGUUACCUACCAAAGUCAAGGGUCUAGGGAGCUUCAGCAUUCCAUGCACUAUAGGCAAAGUGGAAGUGGAUAACGUCUUAUGUGAUCUUGGAGCUAGCAUCAAUGUCAUGCCACUCUCCCUGAUGAAGAAGUUGGGGAUCACUAAAGUGAAGCCAACAAGGACGAUAGUGCAACUGGCUGACCGCUCUUCAAAGCAAGCUUAUGGCAUCAUUGAGGAUAUACUGGUCAAGGUAGAAAAAUUCAUCAUCCCUGUUGAUUUUGUCAUCCUUGAUAUAGAGGAAGAUGCCACAAUUCCAAUGAUCUUUGGAAGACCCUUCUUGGCAACUUCAGGAGCGCUGAUUGAUGUAUUUAAAGCUCAACUAGAAGAUCAAGUCUACUAUAUUAGUGAAAAGAAAGGAGAAGAAGACAACAAAGAGAAUUCUCAUCAAGAAGGUAAGCCAAAGGUUAAAAUGGAGAAGCCCAGGAGCAAAGAAAAGCAUGUAAAAGUCAAGUUCAAAGUUCCUGAGACUACUUUACAUCAUCCAUAUGCUGAAGAGCACUAUGGUAGGACACAAUUUCUGAAUGAUGGAGCUUGGUCAUCACCAAGAUCAUGCUUUGAGCCACCAUGA